AUGAACGCGACUUUCGAACACGACUCAAUUCCAGUUGGGGUCGACAGCUGCACAUCCUCCACAGUCGGUGGCAUAAGGCAUCUUUUCGUUGGGAAAUUGACUCCAGUGAAGGGUAUGAAAUUGGAAGGAGCCUCUGGCUCCAUCCCAAUCGUUGCAAAAGGAACUCUGCAAUUGGUUUUCGCGGACGACAAUGGGCACACGCAUCAGCACCUGAUACACGAUGCCUACUAUGCUCCACGUCUGAAGCUGACUUUACUGAGUGCACGCCAAUGGUCAAAGCAAGGUCCAACUAAAAGAAAGGGAAUGGAACCAAUCCAAAACUUCAAUGUGUGUGGUGACACUGUGGAACUACGUUUUGAGAACAACUGCGUCCGAACUGUCCCAUUUGACAGCGACACAAACCUACCGCUCCUGAUGACAAAGCCAGGCUACUCUUCCUUCUCUUCACACCUCAAAUCUCAGCACAUUACGGCACAAGAAACACGAAUCCGACCAACAGCUUUGACCUUCCAAGAUCUGCACCCCCCUGACGGAACACACCCCAAUCCUCCAUCAGCACGACAAUGUCAAGAUUGCGACCCCAAGGAAAAAGAUCCUUUCGACCUGCAUGGUACUACAGCACCAAGCCUUGCCAAGACCUUUGUCGAUAACUUUGAAGAGCCACCAGCAGUCCUUGAAGAUUUCAAUUUUGAAUCCCUCCUCACUGGUGAAUGGGAUGAUACAGCGCCAGAAGCAACUCUACCAUCGCUAAAUGAGACGGAUAAGAAGACUCUCUUGCUCCGAUGGCACUACCGCCUCGGCCACAUGCCUUUCAAGCACCUCAAAGCCAGUGCCAAAGAAGGCCUCAUCGAUUGUCGGCUUGCAACCAUCAAAGAAUUCCCAUUCUGCCCCGGUUGCCAAUUUGGAAAAGCAACCCGACGACAAUGGCGACAUCGCUCCAAGAAGAAAGAUGGCAGUCGCAAGACUCCACAUCAAGCAACCAAGCCUGGAUCGGUCGUGUUGGUCGACACCAUGAGCUCCACUAGCGUCCCAGGUCUGAUGCCCCAACUUCGCGGACACCCUACUCUAGCACGAUUUCAUUAUGCUACAGUCUUUGUUGAUCACUACAGUGACCUGGACUACGUACACCUUCACCAAUACAACGAUGCCAACUCAAUUCUUGAAGCCAAACUUGCGUUUGAACGUCAUGCAAACAGUUACGGUGUGCGCAUCCAACACUAUCACUGCAACAACGGAGUUUUUGCUGAUAAUUCCUUCAAGGCAGCUUGCAAAGCUGCACACCAAACACACACCUUCUGCGGAGUCAAUGCUCAUCAUCAAAACGGCAAAGCCGAGAAGCGUAUCCGUGACCUUCGUGACUCCGCUCGCUCCAUGCUUCUUCUGGCAAAGCACAACUGGCCAGCGGCCAUCACUGCUCAUCUUUGGGGUUUUGCUAUGGUUUACGCUUCCCAAAUCCGCAAUUCCACUCUUCGAGAGGGAGAACACAGGACAGCCCUUCAAAAAUUUGUCGAUUCUGAUGAUAAACCAAACGUCAACGUCUUCCAUACUUUUGGUUGUCCCAUCUACAAUCUGGAUCCAAAAACUACAGAGUGGAAGCUCCUUGGAAAACAAAUGGUGUGA